AUGGAGAAAGACACUUUCCAGCAGUUAGAACUAGAGAAGAGUGAACCUUCCAAAAAGACUACUCCCAAAAGGAUUAUCCACUUUGUUGAUGGAGACUUCAUGGAAGAAUAUAGCACAGAGGAGGAGGAGGAGGAGGAAGAAAAAGAGGAUCAAAGCCCGAAUUCAACACCUGACCUCUCUAAACUUUCAUGGAGCCCCUACCUACGGUUUUGGGCAGGAUGAAUAGUAAGCACCUCAUUCUCUAAGAAUUUGGAUAGAGUUGGAAUCAGGAUGACACUGGAAAGUGACAAGGAAAGUGAAGGGAAUGAAUCAAAGUCCCAGGUAGCUGAGAUUCCUAAUGAAAAGUGUCAUUUGGAAACUGGGGACCUAGAGUAUGGGACCAUGGGACAGGACCCGGCAGAGGCCAUUCAUCAGUGGAGCACCUCAUCCAGGGAAGGCCUGGUGGCACAUUCCAGCCCAUGA